GAUCCAGAAGUCCGGUGCCAGUCUGUACCCUGCCAUGGCCACCCCGCCGAAGAGAAGCUGCUCCGACCUCCCUCCAUCACCCUCCUCUGAUACGUCCUCCCCGGGCACAAGGAGCAAGGUGAAGCGGAUCUCCAUAGAGGGGAACAUCGCUGCAGGAAAAUCCACAUUUGUCAAUAUCCUCAAGAAAUGCAAUGAGGACUGGGAAGUGGUUCCUGAACCCAUCGCAAGAUGGUGCAAUGUACAGAGCAAUCAAGAUGAAUUUCAGGAGCUCACCACUUCACAGAAAAGUGGUGGCAAUCUUCUCCAGAUGAUGUAUGAGAAGCCUGAACGCUGGUCCUUCACCUUUCAAUCCUAUGCCUGUCUCAGCCGUAUUCGAGCCCAGUUGAAUGCCUUUGGAGGGAAGCUGAGAGAAGCUGAAAAACCUGUGCUCUUUUUUGAGCGUUCAGUUUACAGUGACAGAUACAUUUUUGCCUCCAAUUUGUACGAGGCAGAGUGUAUGAAUGAAACAGAAUGGACAGUUUAUCAAGAUUGGCAUGAAUGGAUGAAUUCUCAGUUUGGAGCUGAUCUUCAGCUUGAUGGUAUUGUCUAUCUCCGUGCAGCACCUGAGAGUUGCCUAAAAAGAAUUUAUACUCGUGGAAGAGAAGAGGAGCAAGGAAUUCCUAUGGAAUAUCUAGAGAAACUUCAUUAUAAGCAUGAGAGCUGGCUCCAUCACAGAAACAUGAGGAUGGAUUUUGCAUAUUUGCAUGAUGUCCCCAUUUUGACACUCGAUGUCAAUGACGAUUUUAAAGAUGAUAAACAGAAACAAGAAUGCCUAAUAGAGAAGGUUAAAGAAUUCUUAAGCACGUUAUGACAAGUGGAAUGACAUACUGUAACUGUACAAUUAAUCCUUUUUUUAUUUGCUGUAAGAGGGGCAGGCAUUUUUUAUUUUUUCAGCCAUUAUUGUGUGAGAACUUUUUUUGUUUGUUUGUUCCCCCUCUCUAAUUUACAGUUCAGCCACUUAACAGGUUUAGUGUAUUAAUUAUGUAUUUGUACAUAUAUUUUUAUUUAAAAAAAAUUGCUGUCCCGUCAAUUAUUUUAUAUUUGUGUAACGUGUCUACAAAUAUCAUGCUUUGGACACCUCCUAGUUAUAAAGCUGGCUGGCUAAUGUGUAGUGGGGGAUCUUCUGAGUCUACCCUGGUGGCAGAUGGGGGCAAUUGCCACUUGCCAAAUACUUGCAUGUGAUGUAGUCUGGAGAAAUCUUUGGAAGCGCAAACAUUCAGCCAACAGCUAUUUCAAGUAUAUGGGGGAUUAUGCAGGGGGUUUAUAUUGAUGACCUAUCCUCAGGAUAGGUCAUCAAUAUCAGAUAGCCACGGAUCUGGCACCCCUGCCGAUCAGAUUUUGGAAGAGGUGGUGAACGUUGCUUCCUAUUCAUUAUUGCGCUGUGCGCCUUCUCGCUUGUAGUGGUGGCGCAGUGUAAUUACAAGUGCUCGUCCCGGUGACGACGUAAAUGUGGCGAGUGUUUGUAAUUACACUGCGCCACCAAGACCACGCACAGUGUAAUGAAGAGGACACAACGCUUAUAUGA